AAGGCGCUCUACUUCGUAGAAGUUCACUUGAUCCUGAAACUCGUCGUUUAUCUCUUGGUACUAUAUCUAGUUCCAGAAAAAGUUCAGACGGCUUACUAGAUCCUACACACGCGGCCAUAUUGUUUAGAGAUUCUAGAGGGCUCCCAGUAGCCGACCCGUUUCUCGAAAAAGUCAAAAUCACUGAUCUGGCCGAAGAUGAAAGUCAGAUAUUUGUGAAAUUUUUCCGUUUUCACAAGUCUUAUGAUCUCAUACCGACUAGUGCAAAAUUAGUCGUAUUUGACACACAGUUGAUUGUUAAAAAAGCGUUCUUCGCUCUUGUUUACAAUGGCGUGCGAGCAGCUCCACUAUGGGACAACAAACGUCAAAAAUUUGUGGGCAUGCUAACCAUUACUGAUUUUAUUAGAAUAUUACAAAAAUAUUACUCCUCGCCUUCUUCAAGCAUGGAAGAACUAGAAGAACAUAAAUUGGACACUUGGAGAAAUGAACUUCAUGAGGAGCGACCUCAAGAAUUAAUAUCCAUUG